AAUUCCUUUUCUCAGGCACAGCUGCAAUUCACUCAGUUAUUUUGCUCAACUAGGUCCUGCUGUUCUUUCACCGAUACUUGCGUUGCAUACAGUCACAGCUUCCCUCUCCGUUCAGCUCUCCGUUUCGCCUCUGUCGGGUUGCCGUGUGAACCCCUGAUUCCAUUUCUCAUUGUAUCAGGUCACCGAGGGACUCCUAGCCCAGCGAAUCAUGGCGUCAGUCACUUCAGUCGCCGCGAUCACCACCGCGUCCUCUCUCACCCACAGACUGGCUGCGACCACCAAGCCAUCUUCAGCCGCGCUGUCGAGUCAAACAGACCCGCACGCUGCCGUGGCGUCCCUAGUCGUUCGCAUGGACUCUCAGGGCGUUCGCUUGCGCGGGAGGCUCGGCAGCUCGUUCGGGGGAGCGUCCGUGCUGGAGCGGCCGGGACUGGACCAAUCAGGAGGCGCGGACGGCGCUCCGAAGACCGACGCGGGCGGCGAGAUGGGGCAGCUGAAGCAGCGCAUGCGGACCGGCGGGGGAGAUCGGUAUCGGGUUCUUCUCUUGGACCAUGAAAAGCACACUGAGGAUAGAGUGGCGAAGGUGCUGCCUGCCGUGGUGCCGUCAGUGACGGUGGAUGACGCGCGACGAGUGUUCAACGAGUCCAGGGAGCUGGGUCAGGGGCUCGUCUGCGUAGCUGUCAAGGAACAUGCUGAGUUCUAUGCUCAACACAUGGCCAUGAAAGGCCUCCGAUCCACCAUUCAGCCUGAUGGCCUUGUCAUUUAGUUGGAAUAAUGAAUUGCAGAUUUUGUUCCCAUGUAUUGUUGGCAUUGUUAUAAAAACUUUCUUGGCAACU